AUGGCUCCCAUCCCGGAGGCCUAUUUCCCGUCCCUGGACAAGUGUUUCUCUGGGGACGUUCAACUUUUGUCCUGGAGAAGAGCUUUCCUGUAUACAAAUGAUCCCGAAGGUCACGCCGACAAUGGCGGCAAUGUUGCGGCCUUCCUUUCGCAUCCCGAGAGCACUGAAUUGCUAUCCCGAAGUUUGAUCCCUUCCUCCAGCCUUUCCGCCAAAUCCAAGUCCGAAUUCGACUCCAAAACCGCCGCGAUCCACGUUGAAACAAACUCCAAGUCUUCGUUCAAUCUCAAGGAGAUUAAGGCGGAUGCGCAAUGGCUCAGCGAGAAAGCACGGAUUGACGAGAUCGCGGCUCUGCGCAUCGCAAUCCUCGAAUGGCAAAACCGGCCUGCAUCUCGUCUGACAACGACAUUCUCAACAGAAGAGGCCACCAGCCUCUCGAGUGCGUCGGGGACCGACAACCUUCGUGUAUCUGUGGCCGGUCCGAAUCUGGCGAGCGUUCUGAGACAAGCUGCGGACAAGGAGGAUGCAUCUACGUUCGACACAGAAACCAACAGACGUUUGCGAUUGCGAAAUCUCUAUGUCUCGGAGAGAAGCCACACGUUGAAGACUUACCGCAAGCUGCUGGUUCUAUCCCUUCACGACCUUUCUGACGAAUCAGCCAAUGACAGCACACAUAAGAGCGAGCGCAGUCUCGCUUUGUGUAAGCUAGGAGAGUCUCUCUUCCAGAUUAAGUCUACUGGUGAUGGGUUGAACCAACUUUUGACUGAUUGUAUGGCCGGGAUUCGCAGUCGGCUGAAAGAUCUGCAAUCAGAUGGCGGCUGGUUAGGAGCAAGUGAGAGUAGCCAAGAGACAGAGGAUAUCUGGAGGACUACCCUCGUCGAGGAGAUUGUUCAUAUCCUGCAGAUCGUGUUCCAUUUGCUUCAUGCGUCAGCGGAAACGCCAUCCAGCGAUCUUGUGAUAUCUUGGUUCAGCCUCAUGGCCGAUAAUGCCUUCUUGGAGCCGUUACAAGUGCCAUGCCAACAACCUUUGGAAGUCUUGUUACCCCUUCAGGCUUUUACAUCCCUGGUGUCAAUGGCUUUCCUGAAAUUCUCCCAUGUAAUUGCCCAUCUCUUUGACUCAAAUGAAUCACCAGCUUUCCCUCCAGGACAGAAGCCCUAUUACCUGUCCAAAGAGGCCAUAUCUCAAGUCACUGAGAUCCUUCUGGGCGCGUACAUGAAUCACAAUACCGCUAACCCGGCUGCCUUGCUAUGGGGAGUGUUCCUUCAGGCCUUGAAAGAGGGAGAUGAAGGAUCUCGGGGACAGCGAGGUCUGGAGCAGUCACUUUGCGAAGAUCUUCUCGACUGUGCUCGAACCCCCAAACAUACCGCGGAAGAUGCAAUCCUCCGUCUCCGUUCUGAUGAGCUCGUCGAGUCGGUCUUAAGUGUGGUCGUCACAUUGUCUACCAAGGUCGGGUCUGUGUCAGCAAUUGACGAUAUCUUGACUGAUCAAUUGGUCCGAUUGUCUCUGUUUGAUAUCAUUCGAGUCGCCUUGGAUCGCAUCGAUUAUACGACUGAGGUCUUGGAGUCUACCUUGGCCAUACUAACCGGUACUUCCGAUAGCCUACGGUGGCAUAAAGCAACCUCUCUUGGUCCUGAAAGUGAUCCCAGAUCUGUCUUUGUCAGAGACCCUGUGUUAAUGGCACGGAUUUUCGAGAUCGCUCGGUCUCGAUUCCCUUAUGAAACAGUUCCUUUCCUGAGACUCUGCCGCGCUCUGGUUACCCCGAACGAGUUGAAUGAGGACGGUUUACCCAUUAUCAUUGAGGAAUUGGACAACAUGAGCACUUUCACUCAGAUUGUUUCUCCGGGUUUCCAGGGGUAUGAAACAAUUCGAGAGGAUGAAAAUGCGAAUUGGGUGUCUUUGACCCAGUCGCUCCCAAUGUUCGAGUCUGCAUCUCGCAAUCCACUCCCGGACACUCAGACGAGCAGUGCUUUGAUUGUGAGUGGCUCGUCAGAGAUCCCAACAUCUACGGUUGGCCAAGUCAGGUCCGAAUCAAAACCAGCCAUUAUCAUGUGGCAGCACCAAUAUUCGUGCUUGAGCUUCCUUGGAAGCUGGUUGGAGGAAUGGAGUGCAAGCGGUGGGUACUCAUCUGAUUGGAAUGCUGCACCUUGCACAGAGAUCAUUGAGCUCCUCGCGGAUCUUGUUGCCGGUGCCAGGAAUGCUCAUGCCCACGACGCUGCUGGCACAGGUGCCACGAGGAUCCUGGAAAUGGCCAGCGACGGGCUAUCCAAGCAAGGCGACAUCAUUUCGGUGGUUUUAGACAUAUUCGAGCGCAACCUGCAGAAUAUCGGGUCUCGAGGUGACCCAGCGAAUGCUUUAGAGCCCAUCAUGGCCUGUCUGCGGUUUAUUCAAGAGGUCAUCAAGGUUCUUCCCAGCAGAGUAUGGCCAUUCUUCAACCGCAGUAGCUUCGUUGGCUCGGACGGCAAAGGCGGAGUUAUGACUGCGAUCGUUUCAGCCAUGGAGCUUCCAUCUGGAGAGUACCCAUUCCUUCUCAGCAGCGUGAACCUGCUGGUGGCCGCAAUCGAUGAUGCCGCAUCUCGAGCAGUCCUUAGGAAGAGCCCUGGCAGCGUGGCAGGCAAGUCGAGCAUUGCAUCCGACUGGAGUGCCGGCAUCCCUUCCCACGUUAUGAGGACUAUUCUGUUGAACUUCACCCGGGCUAUGGUUGAGAUUUUCAAUAGCAAUGGCAAUUGGCGGUUCAAUCUUCCGGAGCAACAGUUCAAACUCAAUGCAAUGCUGUCUACCGCGUUCGACAGGAUUCUCUACUAUGCCCACGGCGUCAACGACACCGCGAAACCAGAAGCAAAAAUCACUGGUGUCUUUUCUGACUCCGCGGCAUACAUCCUGGACCUCCUGCGACCUCGCUCAACCGCCGAUCUCCCUUUCAACCCACUCCUUCGAUUAAUCUCCGACGGUCUGCAGACUCCACCUACAGUCCAUCUUCGCUACCUCGCAUUGGUUGAGAACCAGGUCAAUUCUACCCUGGACCUCUGUAUCAAGCUCGUCCAGGCGGCACGACUUGCUGAGCAGCCUGGCUCACUUCUAGAAGAGCAGCUCUUCAAAGCUACACCGGUCCUUAUCAAGCUUUAUGCAUUGCAUGACGCCUACAGAUUACCUGUUGUCUCCUUGCUUGAGAUUCUCAUUUCCGUUGCCGCCUCGGAUCCGGACAAUGAACCCCCGUCCCUGGUCGGUCAUCUAGGUGCCGAGUCGUCCUGCCUGUUCCUUGACGUGCUGUCGCAGCUUGACAAGCCGCUUAACGACGAGGCCCUUUUGCUUGCAAAUUGGAAAUUGCUGUCAACUUUUGUCAGCAAGCGUCAGCAGUGGUUGGCAGUCUUCAUUCUGACCGGGGCCUCCCCUCGACAGACACUGAAGAAGUCUAGCAAGUCUGGAGACCCGAGUAUGAGAGGCGUGCCAUUUUUGCAAAUGGCUCUUGACAAGCUUGCCAACAUUGAACAGGAAGAGCCCCAGAUGGCCCUGGCAUUGCUAGAGUUCGUCUCUCGUGCCCAAGAAAAUUGGCCGUGGGCUACUCCCCAUCUGAAGAAACAUUCUCAGUUUUUCAACAGUGUCGUAACCUACGUCUCCAAGCUGAAGAUUUCUUCGUUGCCUGUGAUUCAACAGAUCUUUGCAACUCGUAUUGCUGCUGUUGUCGCGGACAUUUGCGCUGUCUACCUGCACGCUGCAAAAGAAAUAGGAGAUUUCAGCUUUGUCAAGACACUCAUUCCCUUGGUACAAUGGUACUCCAAGGAUGCUGUGGAAGUUAAUGCUUACAACGCCUCGCUUCACGCAAACUUGAAGAAGAACUUUGAAAUGCGAUACAGCGGCUGUAAGGUUGUUGAUUUCAAGAGAACGCCGCUCGUGCCUCGUGCAUUAGGCCGCGAUUACUAUUAUGAUCUGAGAAUGGGAGAAAAGCUCCUGUCUUACGAUUUUGCCUGGGCUGGAUCUCGCAACCGGGGCUUCUCCGAGGAGUUUGAGCGAGCCAACAUCAACUUGUCGCUCGUGGAAGCGCAGGUGACACUUCUCAACAGCUGGAAGUUCUUUGCCAUCGAGCAUUGCGCCGACUUCAUGCCCGACUUUGCGAUUCAGAAGUCAAUGGCUAUCGUGGCCCAAAAUUGUCUCGAAGCCAAUACCCGCAGCGUCCCUCCAGAGGCCAUUUUUGAAGAAAUCCAACAGGUCCGCGUUGACUUUGCACAGGCCCUGUGCCAACGGCUCGUGCAGGUGGACGCCCGUGGCGCCGAGGCAUUUGCGCUACUUGAAGCCGUCUACAAAGCGCUACGGAAUCGGCACACGACGUAUGAAGAUGCGCUCAUCAGCAACGACACCGAAUACUACCGGUCCCUCCUCAACGUGCUGUUUUUGGCCCUUCAGUUCCACCUGGAUAAGCCAUCGCGCACCAGCCCUGAGACCCUGAGCAAGCCGGCCAAGCUCUCGAACGACCUGACUCUCAUUGUGGAGAUUGUCAAGGUAGUCGUGGCGCAGGGCUUCAAGUCGCUCACCACCUACCUGCAUGAGGAACCGGACAAGUGCACACCCAAGGACUUUGCGAUCAUUGUUGCUAUUCUCCAGAGCUGUUUGCAGGUCAAGAACUCCGAGCGGCUCUACGAGCACAUCACAUACCACAUCCAAGACAACGAUGUCGUUCGACAUGCCACAACAUUGUUCUCUUGGGCCGAUCAGCUUGCAGUGGCUGGUGACCCGAUCUAUGGCGACCUUAGUGUCUCGGUCCUUGUCAAAUUGUCUACCUUGCCCAUGCUGGCCGAGCACCUGGCUGUCGAAGCAGUCCUGAUGAAACUAUCGACAUGCCGCCUGUCAAACGGCCUCCGUCAACCCAAGGGAUUCGGACCUUUCGAUCCCGUCCCUCGACUGUAUACUAUUUGGACGGGUGGCUUCCUUCCACUGUGUCUGAACCUACUCUACAACGUCAUCCGCGCGGCACCAGAAGUGGCCGCAUUCCUCAACCAGUUCGAAGGACAGCUCAACCGCGCCUCCGAGUGCUUCUCAAUCGGUCACCCCACCGCCAGCGCCGGAGUCUCAUCGCAGUGGAUCAGUCUGAGCAUGGCCUCCGAGGCUUACUCACUGGCUCUCAUCUCCUUCAUGCUAGACCGUUUCCGCGAAGCCGGGCCCAGUGCAGGUUUAGAUGCGCAAUCUAUCAAGGAGCUCAAGUGGGACAAGGCACAGGUGAAGGAAGAUAUUGAAGAGCUCCUGGGUCGCCGACCGACUCUGCGGGGACGCAUUGUGGCUACGACUGAGAAGGAUGCCGAGUGGUCGCGACAGAAGCCGCUUGAUCAGACUUCUGGGGCUGAGAACCGGUUGGAAGAGAAGGUCGUUGGCGAGUUGACUGCGGCGGUGGCUUGUUUGGGUGGAGAGGAGGAAUCAUGA